AAUCCCGCCGCGCCCCUUCGCCAUGCCCGCCGCCUCACUCCUCCGCUCCUCCCUCCUCCUCUCCUCCCACGCCCUACGCCGCCUCUCCUCCGCCUCCGCCUCCGCGCCGCGCGGCCUCCGCCUCGCACAGCCCAAGGGAUUCGGACGGUCCUACCCGCCCGCGCUCGCCGCAGCCGCCAUGUCGACGUCGUCGGGGGCCAAGGAGGCGCCGGCCAACAACCCGGGCCUGCAGGCCGAGGUCGACCCCGCCACCAAGGGCUACUUCAUGCAGCAGACCAUGUUCCGCGUGAAGGACCCAAAAGUGAGCCUUGACUUCUACUCGCGCGUGAUGGGCAUGUCGUUGCUGAAAAGGUUGGAUUUUCCAGAGAUGAAAUUCAGUUUGUAUUUUCUUGGUUACGAGGAUUUGUCCGCAGCCCCUGUUGAUCCUGUCCAGCGGACUGGAUGGACUUUUGGGCAAAAGGCUACAAUCGAGCUCACUCACAACUGGGGCACAGAAAAUGAUCCUGAAUUCAAAGGGUACCAUAAUGGGAACUCUGACCCUCGUGGAUUCGGCCAUAUAGGGGUAACUGUGGAUGAUGUCUAUAAGGCAUGUGAGCGCUUCGAACGUCUGGGGGUCGAGUUUGUGAAGAAGCCAGAUGAUGGGAAAAUGAAAGGCAUCGCAUUCAUCAAGGACCCCGAUGGCUACUGGAUUGAAAUAUUUGACCUCAAGAGAAUCGGGGAGGUGACUGGUACAGCGUCGUGAUUAAGUGGAAAACUCAAAUACCCGUAAAACGGCGCCGCGCUUUCAGAAUUGAUAUGGACCUUGGUUAUAUGAACUAUGCUUAUGUUUUUGUACCUCUGGUUAUGACGUCAUGAGCAAAGAUAUCAUGUGACCGAUGUUUGGGCAUAGAUGGAUCUUCCGCUGUAACCAUUCAGUAAUGUAAGGUGCAGGUUGGGCA